AUGUCACGAUCGGCAAAUGAAAUAUACGGCCGACCGCACGAUUCGUUGCUGCAGAUGUGGAGGAUCGCGCGGUCCAUCUCGGAUGAUCUGCGCUGUUACGAUUCCAAGAUGCAACAGGCCCUUGGCUUUGGCCUGGAUAGGUGUGCGCAGCCAGGCGAUGUCGGGGUCCGUCAAGCGAUCUUAGUAACGCUUUACUAUCACACGAUCCUCCUGACCUUCCGGCCAUUUCUGAUAUUUCGCGGGCGAUGGCGACGCGACAUGCAAAUGUCAACUCCUCAAGCUGGAAGCAGCACGGCGAAACGCCCCACAGAGAUGCCAACUUGGCUUAACGAGGCCUGUGAGCAUGCGAUCAAUGCUGCGUGCCGGACUCUACACCAUUUGUGCGAAGCAGCUAUCGUCAAUGAACUGGUUCGGGAACUGCGGUACCAUGGUUUCUUUCUCACAAGCGCCUGCUUUGCACUCAUGUACGACUUUAUGUACAACGAUGAAUUUGCCGCUCGACACCUCCCCUGGGUCCAUGUCGGUCUUCAGUGCCUCGGGGCUAUGCGACCAGACGAUCCAAUCACAAGCUCAAUUUCAGCUAUACAGACAGUUUUGCGGAAACUACAUCCGUCCUAUGAAUGGACGCCCGCUAGCGGGACUAGCAAUCAAUCUCAUGACCCGGAGUUUGGAUCCCCAUCAUCCGCGCGCCCCUAUUUGACUAGCAUGGGCCCGGACCACAUGAAUGCACCCCGUGAAGUGUUGCCUCAUGAAGGCUGGAUGGGAGGUAUCCUUCCGGCAUUGCCUAACAUGCAAGGCUAUCCGCUCCAGAGCGACAUUCCCGAGGCCGCUGCCAGUGCGGGAAGCAGCGAGGACCUGCCUGACUUUACGCUGUCGGACAUGGGCUGGGACUUUAAUUUUUCUACGAUGGACCUGGAGGCAUUCUUCUCCAUUCAACCAGAUGUCAAUCCUUCCCACGCAGUGUAG